AUGAGUGGAGCAGUAAUAUACCUAAAAAAGGACCUAAAUAUUUCAGAACUAAAGGUAGAUAUAGUGCUUGGAGUGUUUAACUUCUGCUCGCUAUUCGGGUCGUUAGCCGGAGGAAGAAUCUGCGACUGGAUCGGCCGUCGAUACACCAUAGCAUUGGCCGGCGUCCUCUUCCUUGCCGGAGCAGUCCUGAUGGCCUGCUCCAAAGGCUACGGUUUCCUCUCCGUUGGCAACUUGGCUUGCAGCACCGGUGUCGGCUUCGCCUUCAUGAUUGCCCCUGUCUACGCGGCCGAAGUUGCUCCGGCAUCCUUUCGUGGGUUUCUUCCCACAUUCCCGGAGAAUCCCCGCGAUGGCUCGUCAUGCAGGGCCGUUUCUCUGAGGCUAGGCAAGUCUUCGACAGAACCUCCGACUCCAAAGCCGAAGCUCAGCUCCGCCUCGCCGACAUCAUCGAAGCCGCCGCCAAAACCACCACCACAACAGCCACGAAAACCGCCCCAAGCCCCUGGAACUCUUUCUCCGCCUCGCCGACAUCAUCGAAGCUGCCACAUCCUCAUCGCCGGCGUCGGCAUCAACUUCUUCCGGCAGGCGUCCGGCCUUGACGUCACCCUCCUCUACGGCCCCACAAUCCUCGAAAAGGCUGGAAUCGACGCCGACCAGAAGCUCCUCGCGAUGAUCUGUCUCGGCGCCGUGAAGCUGGUCUUCGUCCUGGUGGCCACCUUCCUCCUCGACCAAUCCGGCCGCCGCCCCCUCCUCCUCUGCAGCACCGUCGGCAUGAUCCUCUCCCUCCUCGGCCUCGCCGCCGGGCUCACCGUCAUCGACCGGUGGUCCCACCAGAAGCUGACAUGGGCCAUCGGGCUCUGCGUGACGACCAUACUCUCCAACACCGCCUUCUUCUCGAUCGGUCUAGGCCCCAUCACGUGGGUCUACACGUCGGAGAUUUUCCGUCUGAGGCUGAGAGGCGUCGGAGCCAGCAUCGCCGUGGCGGUCAACCGGCUGAGCAGCGGGAUAAUUGUGUUGACUUUCACGUGA